AUAAACCUAGAAAUUUCCACCUUUAUUGGUUUCUUUUUUUUACAUUGAAAAUAUUAUUAUUCUCAUAUUUCUGAAUGGUUGUAAGGCACUUUCUCCUCUUUCUUGGGAAUCCAUUCUGAUUACUAAACAAGUAUUGCAAGAAAUCAAAAUUUGGAUAAAAGUGCAAAUUCCAAGGAAAACUAUUUGUUUCUUAAGAUUAUCAAGUCUCAGAAAAUCAAUCUUUCAUUGUUGGUUGGGUUUUAUUUGAGUUUUAUGGAUAUUUGAAAAGGUCAAUUUAAAUUUUUUUUUCUAUUGGCUUCCCAUUUUUAGCUGUUAGUGAUUCUUUAUUUCUUACUUACAAAUUGCACACAUUGGGUUUUUUGAAGCGCUUGGCUUUUAUUAGCCUUUUCUAUCGUAGAAUGUCGACGCAAACAAAAAUUCGAACGGUGGAUUCAUCUUUAAUAAAAUUUAGCAAGCCAGAGGAUCCUAAAGAGCACCCUUUCAAUAUUGCAAGGCUUUCAAUUGAACCCUCAAGUACUUUGAGCGCUUUACAAGAAGCUGCCGAACUUCUAAAAAAUACAAAUGAGCCUGUAGCUUUCCCUACCGAAACCGUUUACGGUUUGGGUGCUGAUGCGAGAAGAACAGAAUCUGUUUACUCUAUUUACAAGGCUAAAAAUCGUCCAGCUGAUAACCCUUUGAUCGUGCACAUUGCUUCUUUAGAUCAGCUUCGUAGACUUAUUUCGAAAAAUCAGCCUCUGAAUACACAAAACAAGGGUUUUUCAGAUGACUCUUUGAUUCCGCAAGUUUACGAUCCAUUGAUAGAUCGAUUUUGGCCGGGACCUCUUUCUAUUCUUCUACCUGUAAAAAAUAAUGAGCAUCCACCAGUGUCACCAGUGGUCACAGCAAAUCAACCUACUUUUGCCGUUAGGAUGCCUGAACAUCCUGUUGCUCUUGCCUUAAUAGCUCUUGCUGAUGUUCCUUUGGCCGCUCCGUCGGCAAACGCUUCUACUCGACCUUCGCCCACCCAGGCUAAACAUGUAUAUAAUGAUCUGCAAGGGAAGAUACCCCUAAUCUUGGAUGGCGGAUCUUGCGGUGUCGGACUUGAAAGUACAGUAGUAAAUGGUCUUUGUAAUCCGCCUGUUAUUCUACGACCAGGCGGUGUUAGUCUUGAACAAAUUCGUGCUUGUGGAGGAAUCUGGGUAAACACUCAAGUCUACAAACCUACCGCAAUAAAUAUGGAAAAAAAUUAUAUUCCUCAAACUCCAGGUAUGAAAUAUCGACACUAUUCCCCCACUGCAAAAGUUAUGCUGUUCUUGGACUACAAAGAACAUGAAGCGAUGGAUUGUUUAUAUGAACAGCUAAGACAACAAACUAUGGAUAAAGAUGAAGCCAAAAUUGGAGUUUUGUGUAGCAGAAAGUGGAAAAAGGAAUCUUUUCAGGAAUUCAGCAACUUGAUUUUUCUUGAUUUAGGACAAGAAGGUUCCGAAAUAACGAAAAACUUGUUUGCUCACUUACGUGAGUUGGAUUUACUAGGUGUAAAUUUUGUUCUUGUGGAAGGUGUUACUGAAGAUAAUGAGGGAUUGGCUAUAAUGAAUCGUCUUUCUAAAGCUGCCUCCAUGGUUUUUACUAAAGACUCUUCGGAUUAGCCUCUGUUUUAUGACUGUGAAUAAAUUAUUUAUAUUUUUAUUAUAGAUCUGUUUAUAAAUGGUAUAUAAUGGAAGUUAACUUUUGACAUGUGGAUAACCCGCUGGAUUCCUUUGACAAAUUAGAAUUUUGAUACUUAACCAUAAUUUUUCAAAGUAUAAAGGCAUAGGGAAUAAAAAAAUAAUUUUCAGAAGUUCAUUAAAAAUUGAGACACAUUAAUGGGAUGAAGUUUCAUCUUGAUAGACAGAAAAAUUAUCUAAUGGAUCGACUUUGCGGGAGGACUGCGUGUGUAAAAUUUCACCGACCCAAGCACGAGAAGGAAUUGUAUUUUCUUUUCUUUUUUGUUCCACAGUUCCAAAAGCUUCCCAGGAGGAGGGAUUGCUGAAUUUACCGUUCUGAGAUUCAAUAGCCUCAGCGUCUGAAAAAACAGAAAACUUUCUCGCUUCUGGAAUAGAAUCUUCAUUGCUCCGGCUUUUUGGUUGAAGACUAGACGCUUGGUAAGUAGUUUGUAGAGGAGGAUAUUCGUUAGUUGGGCUCGUAGAAAUAGUGUCAGGAGCAUAUAUGACUCUACGAUGGACAAAUUGAUGAUAGCGUUCUUGAAACCGAGCGAAAGGUUUAGCUUUUCGAAGAAACCCUUUUUGAUAGAUUUCUUCGGCUUUUUUGUAUGAUCCUUUUGAUUCAUAGUAACUUGCAAAUUCCUCAUAAUAAAGUGAAAAGUUCGUGCCUAUUUCAUGAAGAGACAAAAAAGAGAACAGUUCAGCAGGAUCAUCAACGUACUUUGCAUAUUGCAUCCAAAUACGAAGAUAGCGUAUAUCGUUUUUGUAAACAGGCACUUUUAUAAAAUGUUGAGAACAGCGCUCUAACAAAGAAAGCAACCCGCUUUCAGUGGUAUUGCCUUGGGGAUAAGAGUUCAAAGUCCAUUGAAUGUAGUCAAUCCAAAUUUGUAA